GCGCUUGUGAAGAAUUCCACCGUUUCGACCGGCUUUCUGGUCAACAGCUGAAUGGCAAAAAGUGCAGAGCUUUUGGUACAACCUCUGAUGCCCGCCGUGCUGCUCGUGCACUGCUCCCUCCCGAUGGCUGCUUAGUUUACCACUUGGUCAGUUUGGGAUAUGCUGUUCACUCGACUUGUAAAGGACAACAGGCCCUUGCCAACGCCAGAUGUGAGCGCCAAUACCCAAUCCUGCGGCGGAUUGGCCAACUCCCUUUCGGCAAGGAGGAAAAGAUGAAGUAUGUCUCGUCUUGUGUAAUACCUAGUCUGACCUAUGGUGUCCUCACCUCCUUUCCUGCAUGGCCGGUGUUGGAUAAGCUUAGGUGCAGUGUGCUCAAUGCUUGUUUUUCCAAUUUGCAAAAACUUCGGGAACCACACCUCCUUAUGUCAGUUUGCUUCCAGCAGCAUAGACUUGAUCCGGCUUCAGCCUGUGUCUACCAAGCCUUGGUAGACCUUCGGCGUGCAGUCUUCCAGUGUCCUCUGCUUCGUGGUUCUUGGGAGGCAUUCUGCAAUCCGCCUUCCAGUGCUCGGCUUGGUCCCGUGGUGAUCCUGCGCAAUCUUUGUGCCUUUCUUGGUUGGUCUCCUUCCCCGGAAGUGCCGUGGACUUGGAAUCGCUCGUUUGAUGUUCCCAUAUCCCUCUAUCAACACCGUGCCUCAUUUCUGCAUGAGGUUCGCAGAUCUCUUCGUUUCGCUGUUGUGCAAGGUGUCCAUCGUCGCAAGGACACCCAUGGCUUGCAAAACCUGCACUUGGACUUUCAUGCUUGUACCAGGUUGCUCCGAGCAUCCCAGCAGACUCGGGGUCGUUUGCUUGCGGAUUUUCCUGACAUUGUUCCGUCUGCUUCGUGGCUUGAUACCGUUACUGGACAGUUGAGGCAAGUCAUUUGUGGCAGUACUCGUACAGCUGAUCGUUUGUGUGCGGCAGGCUUGUGGGAUUCGGAUGUGUGCCCUGGGUGUCGGCAGACUCGCGAAGAACCAGUCCACAUGUUCCAAUGCGACAGUUGGUCGCCCAGUCCAGAAUUGCGUGCGCAGCUUCCUGUGCAGACGGAAGAUGACCGGUUUGCCGUUUCUGCUUUUACUUGCCUUGGACUUUUGACGGAGCCUUCUUGGUGCCAUGCUCGACGGGCUUUCUUGGUGCAAACAUUGUCUGUUACUGAUUGUCCUGUGUUGGAGCAUUUCCCUGAUGUGGUCUACCUUGACGGUAGCACGCUUGACCCGUCUUUGCCUGACGCCACUUUUGCAGGCAGUGCGUGUACUUUCUACCUUGGCCCUACAUGGCUCCACACAUAUGCCACGCCGGUGGUUGGUCUUGACCAAGGAUCUGAACGUGCUGAGGUGUUCGCAAUUGUGCGUGCGGUUGAGUGUCUCCUUCAUCUUGGGGUUAACUGUUUUGAAAUGCAAACUCGCAGUGUGCGAUUGGUCGGUGACUGCCAGUGGGUUGUGCAACGUGCCCAGCUUCAUGUCGGUAACCAGCAGCUUGUUAAUCCACAUGAUGCCCACCAUGACUUGUGGCAACGCUUUGCUGAUGCGACUGUGCAAUUGGCUUCCCUCCAAGUUUUGUUGAUGUUUGAGUGGGUACCUUCUCAUCUUUCUCUUGACCAUGUUUUUGUGGGCUUGAUCUCUGCCUGUGAUCAUGAAGGUAACUCCCGAGCAGAUGAGGCUGCCAAGCAGACUGCCAGACAGGUCUCUUUGUUGUUUGGCCAUGGCGAUAUCAUUGCUGCUGCCAAAUCUGACGCUCAAAAAACCAGUGUGCGUCAGCUGUAUGCUGUGAUUAAUGUGGUGGUAGUGCAAAAACGUUGGCGCUUCUUGAAGACUGCCAAUUUAUCUGUCCCUGACUUGCCUGACGAUGAUGAUAAUCCAGACCAACCGGGAGAUGUGAACAUUGAACCUUUCGGUUCCUCUGCUACCAUUGACCCUUCAAGCAUGUGUGAAGAUCCUGAAACCACUUGGCCUUCUGCCUCUCAAGUUACCUUGUGCAAGCGACAAGUGAGUCACUUUGCUUGGCAAGUUCCUUCUGAUUUGAUCACGCACCACAUUCAUGGAACCAUUCUUUCUAGGGCCGAUAAUGGCUAUGCAUGGCACUACUCGCAAGAGAAUUUUGAUGCCAUCCAUACUUAUUUUCACGGUCUUGAGUGGUCUUCUUCUGGAAAGGUGACUUACCUUGAGUUGUUUGUGGAUUGGUAUGCUUACUGUGGCAGUCAGCUUGUUAACCCAAAAGCUGGCAGGACUAAGCCGUUGUCCACCGCAGCAGAUUACACCUCAAGUUUUGCUGCAGCUUUACGAAGUUUUCAUAAGGUGUUUGCUGAGAAAGUACCACCGCACCCUGCGACUUGCUGCCUGGUUUCGCAUCUGACGGCGUUCAACAUGUUGAAGCAGAUAGACAAGGAGGGGAUCCCACCUGAUCAGCAGCGCCUGAUCUUUGCAGGCAAGCAGCUGGAGGAUGGCCGCACCCUUUCGGAUUACAACAUCCAGAAGGAGUCCACCCUUCAGCUUCUUGAUGCAAUUGGUCUAGCUGAUCACGUGGUUAAUGGCAUUCUAGGCGCUUGUGAAGAAUUCCACCGUUUCGACCGGCUUUCUGGUCAACAACUGAAUGGCAAAAAGUGCAGAGCUUUUGGUACAACCUCUGAUGCCCGCCGUGCUGCUCGUGCACUGCUCCCUCCCGAUGGCUGCUUAGUUUACCACUUGGUCAGUUUCUUGCCAACGCCAGAUGUGAGCGCCAAUACCCAAUCCUGCGGCGGAUUGGCCAACUUCCUUUUGGCAAGGUGCAGUGUGCUCAAUGCAUGUUUUUCCAAUUUGCAAAAACUUCGGGAACCACACCUCCUAAUGUCUGUUUGCUUCCAGCAGCAUAGACUUGAUCCGGCUUCAGCCUGUGUCUACCAAGCCUUGGUAGAUCUUCGGCGUGCAGUCUUCCAGUGUCCUCUGCUUCGUGAUUCUUGGGAGGCAUUCUGCAAUCCGCCUUCCAGUGCUCGGCUUGGUCCCUUGGUGAUCCUGCGCAAUCUUUGUGCCUUCCUUGGUUGGUCUCCUUCCCCGGAAGUGCCGUGGACUUGGAAUCGCCGUUUGAUGUUCCCAUAUCCCUCUAUCAACACCGUGCGUCAUUUCUGCAUGAGGUUCGCAGAUCUCUUCGUUUCGCUGUUGUGCAAGGUGUCCACCGUCGCAAGGGCCUGUGGGAUUCGGAUGUGUGCCCUGGGUGUCGGCAGACUCGAGAAGAACCAGUCCACAUGUUCCAAUGCGACAGUUGGUCGCCCAGUCCAGAAUUGCGUGCGCAGCUUCCUGUGCAGACGGAAGCUGACCGGUUUGCCGUUUGCUUUUACUUGCCUUGGACUUUUGAUCCGGCGGGCUUUCUUGGUGCAAACAUUGUCUGUUACUGAUUGUCCUGUGUUGGAGCAUUUCCCUGAUGUGGUCUACCUUGACGGUAGCACGCUUGACCCGUCUUUGCCUGACGCCACUUUUGCAGGCAGUGCGUGUGCUUUCUACCUUGGCCCCACAUGGCUCCACACAUAUGCCACGCCGGUGGUUGGUCUUGACCAAGGAUCCGACCGUGCAGAGGUGUUCGCAAUUGUGCGUGCGGUUGAGUGUCUCCUCCAUCUUGGGAUCAACUGUUUUGAAAUACAAACUCGCAGUGUGCGAUUGGUCGGUGACUGCCAGUGGGUUGUGCAACGUGCCCAGCUUCAUGUCGGUAACCAGCAGCUUGUUAAUCCACAUGAUGCCCACCAUGACUUGUGGCAAAGCUUUGCUGAUGCGACUGUGCAAUUGGCUUCCCUCCAAGUUUUGCUGAUGUUUGAGUGGGUACCUGCUCAUCUUUCUUUUGACCAUGGUUUUGUGGGCUUGAUCUCUGCCUGUGAUCAUGAAGGUAACUCCCGAGCAGAUGAGGCUGCCAAGCAGACUGCCAGACAGGUCUCUUUGUUGUUUGGCCAUGGCGAUAUCAUUGCUGCUGCCAAAUCUGACGCUCAAAAAACCAGUGUGCGUCAGCUGUAUGCUGUGAUUAAUGUGGUGGUAGUGCAAAAACGUUGGCGCUUCUUGAAGACUGCCAAUUUAUCUGUCCCUGACUUGCCUGACGAUGAUGAUAAUCCAGACCAACCGGGAGAUGUGAACAUUGAACCUUUCGGUUCCUCUGUUGCUGCCAUUGACCCUUCAAGCAUGUGUGAAGAUCCUGAAACCACUUGGCCUUCUGCCUCUCAAGUUACCUUGUGCAAGCGACAAGUGAGUCACUUUGCUUGGCAAGUUCCUUCUGAUUUGAUCACGCGCCACAUCCAUGGAACCAUUCUUUCUAGGGCCGAUAGUGGCUAUGCAUGGCACUACUCGCAAGAGAAUUUUGAUGCCAUCCAUACUUAUUUUCACGGUCUUGAGUGGUCUUCUUCUGGAAAGGUGACUUACCUUGAGUUGUUUGUGGAUUGGUAUGCUUAUUGUGGCAGCCAGCUUGUUAACCCAAAAGCUGGCAGGACUAAACCGUUGUCCACCGCAGCAGAUUACACCUCAAGUUUUGCUGCAGCUUUACGAAGUUUUCAUAAGGUGUUUGCUGAGAAAGUACCACCGCACCCUGCGACUUGCUGCCUGGUUUCGCAUCUGACGGCGUUCAACAUGUUGAAGCAGGAGUCCCUAAUGGUGAGCAGUUUCUGUUUUGCAUCACUACGACCAAUCCCUUGCUUUGGUUGGCGUUUGUGGCUCAUGAGCUUUGUGCGGCCCUGGCUUUGCCGCCUUUUCGCUUUGAUGGACUUCAUAGGCCCUGAGUAUGCCUGGAUGCUCCAUGACUCCCCUGGGGUUGAACUGCAGAUAGACAAGGAGGGGAUCCUGACAUCUUCCAUUCCUGUGGUUCCUGUUGCUGUGGCCUGUGUUUCGUCUACUGCGGAUGAUGAACAGAUGCCAACGGUUCACCCGGUUCAGCUUGAAUUGCAAAAGUUGCAGACUGACCUUGAAGCUCGUCUUGAUACCAAAAUCCAAGCUUUUCGUAAAGACUUGGAUGAGUGUGGUCAUCGUCUGGGGCAUGUUGAACAAGCUGUGGUUGCUCAGAAUCAGAAGGUUGAUAUGCUUGACGCCUCGGCCCGUGAACAAACUGCUUCGAUUUUGAGUGUUUUGCAAGGCAUGCAGCAGGCUCAGGCGAGAACUGAUUCGCAACAGAAUAACAUGAUGGAAUUGCUGCAGCAGCUUAAUGCGAAUGGUGGUCCGGAACGACCUACCAAGGCACUUGCCAGUGCGUUGGAUCGUGCAAUUGUUGUGUAUAGUCCUCGGUCCCCACCUUUGCUUUUUAGUCCCUUCAAUCGUGAUGUUCUUGGUCUUCCCAUUGCUGUGGCUUACAAUGGUGUUAAUCACUUUGAUGGCUUGAUUGCUGGCGCAUCUCCUUGUGUUUCAGUCUCGCUGGUGGAUCCUGUGCCGAUCCCUGUUGAAUGUCUUGUCUCAGCGCGACCUCGUCGAAAUCGUUCCUUGGGGUUUCAGCAUUUGAGUAGCCUGAGGGUUGGUUGCCUCAACUGCACUUCACUUGGAAAACAUUUUGCUGAGAUUGCUGGUUGGCCCUUCGAUGUCAUUUUGUUGCAAGAGACUAGAGUGAAUGCUGGGGCUCAAAACCGUCUUUCCCGUGACCUUUUGGAUCUUGGUUGGUCUGUCCUUUGGGGUGCUCCAACGAUGGGUCAAGCUCAACGUGCAGAUGGCACUGUUCAUAGUACUACUGCUCAAGGGGGUGUGGCUAUUCUAGUUCGUAGUCACUUUUCAGUUCAAGAAGUCCGUCCUGAACAGACUGGUGAGAUUGACAAGCUCUAUCGCCAAGGACGGUUUGUACAUGGUAUGAUCCCAAUAGCCCGUGGACACAAGGUGCUCCAUCUUGUCAGUUUUUAUGGCUACUCCGGCGCAAGUUCUCAUGGUAGGUUGUCCACUCGCUUUUCUCAAAAUGAAUCGGCGCUACAGUCCUGUUUUGCUUAUGCCAAGUCGUUUGGCGAUGUUCCCUUUUGCAUUGGAAUGGACUAUAAUGACCGCUUGGAUCACAGCACUGUCUUGCCACAAACCUUGAAUACCCUGUCAUGGUUCGAUGCAGUGGCCUUGCAUUCGUCGGUGCCUUUAACACCUAUUCGGCUGCCGGCUGGAGUUCGGACGCCAGUGGUGGGUCUUCGCGUAUUGGUCUUUGAGUUGCCACCUUUGCCCCACGAUGUGAAUGCCAAACGGACUCAACUUGCACAUGAGGUGGAUUUGGCACAGGGUUUACUUGAUGCGGGGCCCAAGGCUUCUUUGAACCGUCAGUACUUGGAACUUCGUAAGUUUCGUCAUUCCUCAUGGCGUUCUUGGUUGCGGCGAUCACAGAAGCAUGUUACCAAGUGGCUUCAUACUAACGGUGUUGGCUCUCCGCAAUUGAAUUGGGAUGAUGCUUCUAUGCAUUCCGCUUUGUUUGACACGUGGAAGCCUUUUCUUCUUGGUACAGGCCCCUCCUUUCAUGCUUUUGCCCGAGAGUACUCCAGAGAAAUUGAUGAAGCUCAGUUGCCUAUUUCCUUGCCUCCGGUGACUGUGAUGGAUUUGCGCCGUCAACUUGAUCUUCGUCCUGUUGGUGUGUCGGGUGGCCCUGAUGGGUGGACCAUCCUUGAAUCGUGUCGUUUGCCUGAUUGCAUCUUGGGAGCUGUUCCUGCAGUUCCUCAAGCCCUUUGGCUGGAGCUUUGUUUCCGUCAAAACACCCCUGCUCUUGGUGUGACCUAUGAUCGCAUGAAAUGUUUUGAUUUGAGUAGAAUACCUUUUGCUUGUGCUCUUGUAGAGCGUCUUGGCGUUGAUGCUUCAGUCACUUUCUUUGUUGAUGACUCCAAAAUGCGUGGCUUUUUGCGGUAUGUCGAUGAAAUGGCCCGUGCCUGUGAGGAGUUCUCUUUGUUUGACCAACUUAGCGGCCAACGUUUGAAUGCCUCCAAGUGCACAGCCUUUGGGACCACGACUGCCGCGCGGACAGCAGCGCGCAAGCUUUUACCUCCGGGUGGCCAGCUGGUUUACCACUUGUUAUGUUUGGGUUUUGCGGUCCAUUCAUCUAAGAAGGGCCAGCAGGAGCUUGCCAAUGCUCGUUGUCAAAAGCAGUUUCUCCCAUUGCGUCGGAUUGCACAUUUGCCUUUCACUAAAGAUGAGAAGUUGAAGCAGGUCACGAAUGUGGUUAUCCCUGCCUUGACCUAUGGGGUUCUGGCAUCCUUUCCUGCGUGGGAUCUCCUGAUGAAGUUGCGGUCCAGUGUUCUGAAUGCCGUCUUCUCUGUGACCCAAAAGCUUCGGGAACCGAAUGUUCUUAUUGCGGUUGGUUUUGUGCAACAUCGGCUCGAUCCUUCCUCUGCAGCUGUUUACCAGGUGUUCUUGCAACUUCGGCGUGCGGUGUUUGCUUGUGACCUUGCGCGUGAUGCUUGGAACCAUGUUUGCGAUGACACUUCCGUUACGAAACAGGGACCCUUGGCCGUUUUGCGGAUACUGGUGUUCUCGUUGAUCAUCACUUGGAUUGGCAAGCUUGUUCUGCCCUUUUUCGUGCAUCGGCGGCAGCUCGGGGCAAGAUUUUGUCUCGUUGUUCUGAUUUUCCAUCUGUUGAGUCCUCUUCUCAACUUCGCCAAGUGGUAUCGGGAAGCACUCGCACGGCGGAUCGGUUGUUGGCAGCUAGCCUUUGGGGUUUAUGUUGAUGGGAGUUCACUUGACCCAUCUUUGCCCGAUGCAACCUUUGCUGGUGCAGCUUGCGCCUUUUACCAAGCCAGUUUCCGGGUGGUUUCAUAUGCCACCGCUGUGCCUGGUCUUGAUCAAGGAUCUGAUCGUGCUGAAGUCUUCGCUUUAAUGCGGGCUGUGGAAUGUCUUGCUGGGGUGACCCUGUCGAUUGCUUGGCUUCGUUCCCACCUUGGCUUGGAGGACGUGGCCUCUGGCGUAAUCUCCCAGCUUGAUUUUGAAGGAAACUCUUGCGCCGAUACUCUUGCGGCCGAUGCUGCUUUAGAUUCUCUUCGUGCAUGUGGACAAGGAAAUCUUUUGAAAUUGUCGCGUUCUGACAUUAGCUUGGUUUCCGCUCGCCAGCUCCACAAUGUUGUGGUGGUCCAAAAACGCUGGGACUUUAUAAAAACACGCGGCCUUUCGGUACCAGACCCGCCUGAUGAUUCGCCUGAUGACACAUCCCUUCAACUUUCUGAUGAGGUGGUCACCACUGUUUCAGUUGGAGUUGAUGCACCACGUACUCAUGCUGACCCUUGUUGGCCAACUCUGGAGCAGGCCAGUGAUACCAUUGACAAUGUCAAGGCCAAGAUCCAAGACAAGGUGACCUUAACUUUCACGACCGAAAUGAUGGCUUCGUGUCAAGUUGGCUUGCUCAUGAUCGGACAAAUCUUUGCCUCAAGCAGUGAAUUGGAGUGUCCUAUUGCUCGUGCCUCACAUGAAGUGGUGGACUGGGCAGCCCGCUUACCUUCUGGUCCUCGUUUACCUCUUUUCAUGGUCUCUGGCAAGUGCCAGCCAGACAAGGAGAAGAUUGUGCAGACCUUCUUGGAGGCCUGUCCAGAGACCAUAAUAUCGACCCAUCCAGCAGGUCGAAGACUCCUGCAGGGCAGGGCUCUCAGUCGCAGGGCGACCGAGAACUCCUCGGAUGACAAUGGCAUCAGCUUUGAGAGGGUCGGCACAUCGACAGAUGGCGAUGGUCACAUGACUGAGUCGUCGAGCCGUCCGGCAGCUCAUUCAUCUCAGGAACAGUCGGUAUCUUGCUGGCAACAUCUGCAAAACUGUGAGAGGCUCCAGUGUAACUCCCAUCCAUUGAGAAUCGAUUAA